AUGGAGAAGCGGCCGCCCCUCACAUCACCGGAUGGAUCCAGUAAGAGAAAUCCCCCAGAGAGAUGUCCCUGUCCUCUGUAUUCCCGGGACUCCACACAGGAACAUCAGGAGACUCCAGAGGACCAUCAGGAUGAACAUCCGAUUCAUGUUAAAGUUGAGAUCACAGAAAUGGAAGAGAAGUAUUCACAGACUGAUGUGCAGUGUAAGGAGGAGGAUUUUCCUACAGAUGGAUCGAGUAAUGGAAAUCCCCCAGAGAGAUGUCCCCGUCCUCUGUAUUCCCGGGACUCCACACAGGAACAUCAGGAGAUCCUUCAGGAUGAUGACGAAGACGACAUGAUUGUUGUUAAGGUAGAAGAUCUAAAUGAUGAAGAGGCCUAUGGGAGGUGUGAUGAUCAGCCGAAGGAAGAGGAAGUUGCUGCUUACAUCACCACUGAUGGAAGGUACAGCGGAAUGAAAAGUCCAAUGAUCUUCCAAAACCAUAAAACAGAAGAAGGUGAGAUCACUACAAGUCCUCCUGGACUUCAUUGUGGAGUUCUGUCUUCAGGUCCCCUUACGUUUUCGAGUUCCUUGUAUAAAACGUUGCCAUAUGUUGGUGUCAGCCAGGCCGGAGAACCCUUUUCACGUCAAAGGACGCCUGCCGGUGAACUUUCGCAUUCCUGGCUUGAAGGUGAGGAAGCCUUUUCGCAAAAGUCACUUCAAGACCAAAGCUUGGAAGCCGAAGUCAAGCCAUAUUCAUGUUCUGUAUGUGGGAAGUCCUUUAGGGUUAAGUCUGUCCUUAUCCGACAUGAAAAAGUCCACACGGGGGAAAAGCCGUACGAGUGUUCCCAGUGCGGCAAGUGCUUCGCGCAGAAGUCUGAUCUUGCUGAGCACGAACGAAUCCACACAGGAGAAAAACCAUAUCCUUGUCCCGAAUGUGGCAAGUGCUUCGCCAAGAAGACCAACCUUGCCAGGCACUUGAGGAUGCAUUCGGGGGUGAAGCCUUACGCAUGCUCCGUUUGUGGAAAGGCUUUCACACAGAAGGCCGCUCUCGAUGAACACGUGCGGAUUCACACGGGGGAGAAGCCAUACGCCUGCUCUCACUGCACCAAGUGCUUCGCCCAGAAGUCAGCCUUUGCAGAACACCAAAGAGUUCACACGGGAGAGAGACCUUAUGCUUGUGCUGAAUGCGGAAAAUGCUUCACUCAGGGCUCUGCCCUAGCCAAACAUCAAAGGAUCCACCAAAAUCAGAAGCCACGUCCGUGUCCUCAGUGUGGAAAGCUGUUUCCGUCAGAGUUCCUUCUUGCUCUGCAUGAAAGAGUCCACCAAGCCAAUUACCAGUGACAUUUGUGCUGAAGGAGGGCUGAAUCUUAUGGAGAUGCGCUAUAACGCAGUUGGUGGUUUACAGGCCUAGAGGGUGCUCACGAGCAACUGCUGAACCCACCGGGGAGCUUAGUGAAGUGAGUGCCACACCAGCUUAUAUAGACCUUUUAACCACCAGACCAUAUUGCUGGUCAAAGACCAGAGCACUUUUUGC